GACGCAAUGCAACGCAGCGCAGCGUUGUCACAAUGUCACGCCAGGACAAAUCCAGCGCUCCCUGAAGCAGAGAAAGACCGCGACCAAAAGCAAGUUCGAUCUCCGCUCCUCCAGUCUCCACCGCCCGCCAACCCCGAGAUAUACCUCCCUUCCUCUCGAAGCUUCGUCUCCAGAGUCCAGACGACGUCGCCGGCUCUUCACUCGGCGCUGGUGCUGGUGGUUGCCAGUGGCGGUGGCUGGGUGGCCGGGUGGCGGUGUUGCUGGGAUGCCCGCCGCGACGGCGACCGCCGCCCGCCUCCGACUGCCGCUGCCAAAAGCAGCCCACCGCUCGCCCUGCUCGAGCCGGCGCCUCUCCAAUUGCCACCGCCACUGACGAGCGACCACACGCUUGGCGCCCGCCAUGGACGCCUUGUCCCGCCCCGCUGUUGUCAUCGACAACGGCACCGGGUACACGAAGAUGGGGUUCGCGGGGAACGUGGAGCCCUGCUUCAUCACCCCCACUGUCGUCGCCGUCAACGAUUCCUUUUCCGGUUCAGGCCAGCCGGCGGCGAGGGGCGCCCCUGCCAGGGGGAACUGGCUCGCUCAGCACAGUGCCGGCGUCAUGGCUGACCUCGACUUCUACAUCGGCCAGGAGGCGCUGGCCCGAUCCCGCGCCAGCAGCUCGCACAGCUUGAGCUAUCCCAUCCGCAACGGCCAGGUGGAAAAUUGGGAUUCUAUGGAGAGGUUUUGGCAACAGUGCAUCUUCAAUUACCUCCGGUGCGACCCAGAAGAUCAUUAUUUUCUUCUAACUGAGAGCCCUCUGACUGCCCCUGAGAUCCGGGAGUAUACCGGGGAGAUCAUGUUCGAGACGUUCAAUGUGCCCGGCCUCUAUAUUGCUGUCCAACCUGUCCUUGCUCUAGCUGCUGGGUACACUACAACCAAGUGUGAAAUGACAGGUGUUGUAGUUGAUGUGGGUGAUGGGGCUACCCACAUCGUUCCAGUUGCUGAUGGUUAUGUCAUUGGGAGCAGUAUCAGAUCUAUUCCAAUUACAGGCAAGGAUGUUACCCAAUUUAUUCAUCAACUUCUAAAGGAAAGAGGUGAGAACAUUCCACCAGAAGAAUCUUUUGAUGUAGCAAGGAGGAUCAAAGAAAUGUACUGUUAUACUUCUUCAGACGUUGUGAAGGAAUUCAAUAAACAUGACAGGGAACCAUCAAAGUAUGUUAAACACUGGACGGGCAUCAAACCAAAAACUGGUGCGAAAUACACAUGUGACAUUGGAUACGAGCGGUUCCUGGGGCCUGAGAUCUUCUUCAACCCAGAGAUGUAUAACAAUGACUUCACCACUCCCUUGCAAGUUGUUAUCGACAGGUGCAUCCAAUCAUCCCCAAUUGACACAAGGAGGGCUCUUUAUAAGGUUUUGUUGAUCUGUGUAUUGUUGUUACUAUUUAUUCUAAGACAUCGCAUCGAGUGUAAAGAAUUUCCAAUGGCACAGAAUAUUGUCUUGUCUGGAGGCUCGACUAUGUUUAAAGAUUUCCAUAGGAGGUUACAGCGGGACCUCAAAAAGAUAGUGGAUGCACGGGUCCGUGCAUCUAAUAGUCGGCUUCUUAGUGGAGAUGCUAAGGCCCAGCCUAUAGAAGUGAAUGUGGUCAGUCAUCCUAUUCAGAGAUAUGCGGUAUGGUUUGGUGGAUCUGUGCUUGCUUCAACUGCCGAAUUCUACGAGGCUUGCCGCACAAAAGCAGAGUAUGAAGAGUACGGUGCGAGCAUCUGCCGAUCGAACCCUGUUUUCAAAGGGAUGUACUGACUCAGCCUAUCAUAGUCCUGUUCUCAAGGGUAUAUAUGUAUUUAAACCGAGAUCUGUUCCCUGUGGCUGACGUCGUGAAUGGCGUCCACUCAAGCGUAAAUGGGGAGAUCUGACAGCGGAAACGGACUGCCAAGAGGGAUCCUGGAGAAUCCUAGCCGUAGGAGCUGUACAAAAGUAAAGUGCAAAUAUAGGUUCAUUUUUUAUCAUACAAUUUAGAUGCUGGUAGGCCUGACGGGAUGGGUUUGCCACCUCUGCUGAACUGGGUGGCAUUGUAAUUUGUAGCGUCAACAUUGGUGCUUGUAUACAUGUAGGGAUGGCGUUGGGGGGGGGGGGGGGGGGGGGGGGGGGGGCGGCGGUUGGGUCGUGGUUCCGUUACCCCAAACCAAUUCUCCAUCGUGCCUUGUUGGGACAGGAGAGAAUUAGGGGGAUUAAGGGUAUGUUUGGUUUGCUAUCUAAUUUGUCACACUUUGUCUAA